CGAUAUGCGUACAAAGCUCAGUUCGUGUCACUCACACCCAUUGUUAAGACGUUAUGUCGAGCAAAUCUUUGCAAAUUCUACUCUGCUUUGGGCUGCUCGCCUGGGCCAGCGCGAAACCUCAAACUAGCGGACGUAUUGUCGGUGGUGAGGAUGCAGCUGAAGGCGCAUUCCCCUACCAAAUAUCGCUACGUUUUCAAGAUUCACAUGUUUGCGGCGGUUCGAUCAUUAGCACUAAUUUUGUGCUGACGGCGGCGCAUUGUGUCGGCGAUGAGGAUGAGGAUGGCAAUUAUUUCGUUUACCCAGCUAGUUAUUUCUCGAUACGCGCCGGCGCUACAAAUCGUCUGUAUGGCGGUGUGGUCACAAAGGUCUCGAAUAUUGUCGUAAAUGAGAAUUAUGGUGACUUCUUGCACGAUCUUGCAUUGCUCACGUUGGAAACUCCACUGAUUUUCUCCAAUAACAUACAACCAAUACCGCUGGCAAGCGCUGAAGUGCCGACCGGUGACCGUGUCAUCAUUUCCGGUUGGGGUAAUACAGCGACCAAUUCAUUUGCACCCAACAAAUUGCAGUGGAACACUGUACAAGCUUUGUCGAAAUUAUCGUGCUUCACUAAAAUCGGUAUGGCUAGUGAUGCGCUGCUCUGUUUGGGACAUCCGGAGAAUAAUGGCGCUUGCUUUGGCGAUUCUGGUGGUCCGGCUGCAUAUCAAGGUGAACUGGUGGGUGUGGCUAGUUUCGUCGUCAAUGGUUGUGGCAGCGAUUCUCCAGAUGGUUACGCAAAGGUUUUCAAUCAUUUGGAUUGGAUUAAGGAGCACUCUGAUUUGGGAGAUGCGAACUUAGCACAAAGCGUUUUAUGGAUGCCCACCCAAGAUAUAGUAAUAAGUCAACCGUUACGUGCGUCAAUGUUUAGUUUUAGUUUGGACUUCCACGCGUUACGGUCCAACAUGGCAAAAUUCGAAUUCUUCGCUUUGAUCUGUUUUUUGGGUGUCAUCGCCAUCAGUCAAGCUGGUCCGACCACACGUGUUGUGGGUGGUGACAAGGCCUACGACGGACAAUUCCCACAUCAAAUCUCUUUGCGACGCAGCGGUUCGCAUACGUGUGGCGGUUCGAUACUGAGUCGGAAUUACGUAUUGACGGCGGCACAUUGUGUUGGCACCGCCGAUUCGGAGGGCAAUUAUGUUGUUUACAAUGCUUCCUUGUUUACCGUACGCGCUGGAUCCAACGAUCGUCUGAGCGGUGGCGUUUUGGUGAACGUUCAAUCGAUUGUCACACAUGAGGAUUACGGAAAUUUCUUGAAUGAUGUGGCGGUGUUGCGUCUCAGCCGGCCUUUAGUAUUGACGAAGAACAUACAACCCAUUCGCCUGGCCACCAAGGAAGUUCCUUCCGGUUCGCCAGUAAUAAUUUCGGGUUGGGGUCGCGUGAAACAUGGUGGUGAUGUGCCGCGUGAGUUGAAAUGGAACACCUUGACUGCCAUCUCACGCAGUGAAUGCAAAGAGGCCAUAAGGUGGGAUAGUGAUGCGCUCAUAUGUUUGGCUCAUGCUCCAAAUAAUGGCGCUUGCAAUGGUGACUCCGGUGGUCCGGCUUUGUACGAGGGUGAGGUCGUCGGAAUUGCUGGAUUCGUGUAUGGUGGUUGUGGCUCCGCUAAUCCAGAUGGUUAUGCUAAGGUCUUCUAUCAUGUUGAUUGGAUUAAGAAACAUGCUGAAUUGUAACUGUAAUGUUAUCGGAAUUAUCAUGAAUUUAAUCAUGUUACUAAAUAAAUUUAUGAGUGUUCGUCCACUUGGUCUCAGUUGUUGACCAGUAUUGUGAAGAUGUGUCUCAGUAAUAAAAACUGUUUGGGAUUUUUGUAAAGAAA